AUGGCAAACGCGACUACUUGGGACGAUUUCAAGGAGUUAAUUCGGGAAGAGUACUACCCUCGUGAUGAAAUUCAAAAGUUGGAAAACGAGUACUAUAACUUGAAAAUGUUGGGAUCUGAGAUCGAGGCAUAUACGAAAUGGUCUCAUGAGCUGGCAAACAUGUGUCCCAAUCUAUCCCGACCGCCUCAUCGCAAAAUCGAACUCUACAUCAAGGGAUUGGCACCACAAGUCAAGGGUUUAGUCACUGCGGCAAAUCUUGACAACCUGCCACAGAUCAUCAGACUGGCUCAUAAGAUCACUGAUCAGGAAGUGGAGUGUGGCUCGUUGCCACCCCGUACUACUGCCACUACUACUACUACUACCCCCACCCCUGACAACAAGCAUAAAUGCAAUGACGCAGACAAGGCAGCUAACUCGAACCAGUCGCAAAAGAAGCCUGACAACAACAACAGUCACAGUUUCAGUCAGUCAUCUUCAGUCAACCAGAAUCAGAGCAAUAGUCAAACCUCGGGCUCUUAUGCGGGGAAACAGCCGAAGUGCAACAAGUGCGGUUUUCACCACUAUGCCUCGUGUAACCGAGCAUGUCAAAGGUAUGACAAGAAUGCUAACAACAACAACGGUGGGAACAAUAAUCGUCACAACAAUAAUAAUGCGGGAAAUAACAACAAUGGGAAUAACGGUGGGAAUGGCGCUCGUGGAAGAGUGUUCACUAUUGGAGCUGGUGAUGUAAGGAACGAUGGCAGCGUCGUGACUGGUACGUUCUCUGUCAAUGGUUGUUUCGCUUCUGUAUUAUUCGACUCUGGUGCCGAUUGGAGUUAUGUGUCUCUGGGGUUUAGUCGUCAGUUAGGGUUAACUCUAACGCCUCUCGAGGUCAAACACGUAGUAGAAUUGGCUGAUGGGAAGUCGAUUGAAGCCUCACAUGUUCUUUUAGGGUGCAAACUUGAUCUCUUGGGUCAAGUGUUCAACAUGGAUCUCCUUCCCGUCACACUUGGUAGCUUUGAUAUAGUUAUUGGUAUGGAUUGGUUGUCAAAGCACCGAGCCGAAAUACUUUGCAAGGAGAAAAGCGUGUGUAUACCCCUCCCUAGUGGGGAAUCGCUAUCUGUUCUGGGUCAUAGAAGUGGUGCGAUCGUCAGCAUCAUUUCAUCCAUGAAAACCCAAAAAUGUAUGCGGAAGGGCUAUCCUGCUAUCCUCGCGCUUAUUACCGAUACCCAGCCUAAAGAGAAGAGAAUUGAGGAUCUACCAGUUGUUCGUGAGUUUCCUGAUGUUUUUCCCGAGGAACUUCUAGGCGUACCUCCACACCGUCAGGUGAAGUUCCAAAUUGAUCUUACUCCAGGAGCAGCUCCGAUUGCCCAUGCACCUUACCGUCUUGCAUCUGGAGAGUUGCAAGAACUGGCUAACCAACUCCAGGAACUGCCCUUAGGUACACUGUCAUGGGACUUGUUGUCUGGGAAGUUUGAGUGGUCAUGGGUUGUGGCAAAUGGAACGCUCCUUGACAUUGCUUUGCCUUUGAACAUCUUAUUUAAACUUAUUGAAUAA